CAUUAUAGUUCAUUUAAAUCCAUGCGAAUUUUACACGAGACGCCGUGCGCAAGCGCAGGCGCUUCGAAUGAAAACGUAAAAGAAACGCUAAUCCAAUGGCGACUAGUUGAUGAUCGUAUACGCCAUGAUGCGGGAUCGAUUGACGUUUUGUUGCUUUUCCCUCCAAGCCGCCAAAAUUUCAUGUUUUCAUUGAAAGUUCAUUCGCAUCGAAUUCACACCAAGAUCAUUGAACUUUUUUAAUUUGGAGUCGUGAGGUGGAGUAGCGUCAAAAUGACGGCUACGUUCUACUUGGAGCAUUAUCUAGACAGUUUAGAGCAUCUUCCAACUGAAUUGAGGAGAAAUUUCAAUUUAAUGAGAGAUUUGGACACAAGAGCACAAUCUCUAAUGAAAGAUAUUGACAAAUUAGCAGAUGAUUAUCUGAAAACUAUGAAAAAAGAGUCCAACGAAAAGAAAAAAGAACAGCUAGACAGAAUACAAAAUUUAUUCAACAAAGCAAGAGAGUAUGGCGAUGAUAAAGUACAAUUAGCAAUACAAACAUAUGAAUUAGUUGAUAAACACAUAAGAAGGUUGGAUUCUGACUUAUCAAGGUUUGAAGCUGAAAUUCAAGACAAAGCGAUAAAUAGUAACAGAGCCAAAGAAGAAAGUGGAGCUAGCAAAAAAGGUAGAAAAAAACUAAAAGAAAAAGAAAAACGAAAGAGAGGUACAGCAAGCAGUGAAGAUGAAGCAAACAAAGGAGCGAGGAAAAAGCAAAAGAAAGGUGCAUCAGUUGUGUCAACAACAGGUGCUACAACUGGAAGUGGAUCUCAAGGUGAUUCCAGUACACUUAGUCAUCCAGCUGAUGUAUUAGACAUGCCUGUUGAUCCUAAUGAGCCUACGUACUGUGUGUGUAAUCAAGUUUCAUAUGGUGAAAUGAUAGGUUGUGAUAAUCCUGAUUGUGGUAUUGAGUGGUUCCAUUUCGCGUGUGUGGGGUUGAUAAUCAAGCCUAAAGGAAAGUGGUUCUGUCCAAAGUGUACUCAAGAUCGAAAAAAAAAAUAGACAUAAGGAACUGUCAUAUCUUGAUAACAGAGAUUUAAACCGUCCUAAAGAACAUUUUUUAGGUGACGUGACUCAGUGAUUAUAAACAUUCUUUGUUCAGAGAACAACAAGAAAGUAUUUCUGUAAAUGAUUAGAUGAAUUUAGAAAGGAGAUGAUCAAGCUAUGUAAUUUUUAUCAAGAUGAAUUAUCUUGGAAUGGCUAUAGAUCUCCUUUUUUGCAAUGAUCUCUAUUGAGAAAGUACAUUUAUCGUUUUCAUUUUUAUUAUUGAAAGACAUCUUUUGUUGCCUGUUGCAUACAUUUUAUAUGCCAAUUUCAAGGUGUCUGUCGACUAUUUUCAAACCUAAUCAUUGAAUGAGUUACACAUGGUAACUAUUGUAAGUUUAAAUUUUUAAAUGUUUUAUAUUUUAUGGCCUUGUACAGUUAAUUUAUACUUUUGUACAGUGAAAUUGCAAUAAUGUAUUGAUACAAGCAUAUGAAUUUUAGUAAAUCUUGAUUUUUUCGUUAUUUUUACAAUCAAACAUUAUUGAGUUCACUUUUGCGAAAAAUAAAAAAGUAUGCUUGCAAAUGGUGAAAAACUCGUAUUGUUAAAUUAAAUAAUUGUAAA